CACUUGAAACCAAGCAAUGACGUGGGUAGUCGCUCUGUGUCUGGGGCUGUUGUUCCCCUGGGUCACUCCAAGACAGUCCACAUCUACGUCAGCCCCAAGGGCUCAGACGGGAACUCAGGGUCAUUAUCAAGAUGGCCAUCAUGAAGCACCUGCUGACGGCCGUCGUGGCGUCCUACCUGGCCUUCGGCUUGUUCCGUUACCUGGACACGCCUGUCCCCGAGGGGGUGCCAGAAGUCUGGAAUGCCAGGAUCCUGGACGCUGCUCUCAGAACUAAUGGCAAACUAAUACUGUCCCUCCAUGAUUUCGGCGUUACCGGCGGUGUCACGUGGUUUACCAGGAAGAUGGUGGACGUUGUCUUGACAACGCUCAUUACCGGAAAUCCGUUUGGAAAAGGCGAAGAUCCAGAAAUAAAGAUAACGGACACCCAGUUUAACGGAGUGGAUGUGAGAGUGUACGAGCCCGUCUCCUGUACUGGGAAGCAGAGACCGGUGUUGGUGUAUUAUCAUGGUGGUGGCUGGUCCUGGCUGUCUAUAGGUGUGUACGACCCGACGAUGAGGGAGCUGGCCAAGAGAGUGUCCAUGGUCGUCGUGUCAGUAGGGUACCGCCAGUCUCCAGAGCAUGCCCAUCCUAUUCCCUUUGAAGACUGCCUCACCGCAACCGAGUACGUUUUGAACAACGCCGCUAAGCUGAAAGUAGAUCCGACGAGAGUAGCGAUAUCUGGAGACAGCGCCGGCGGACAUCUCACUGCUGCAGUGGCCCUCCGCCUGAAGAAAAAAAUCAAGAUCCAAGUUCCGAUAUACCCAUGUCUUCAGCUGCUUGAUCUCCAGACUCCUUCGUACAUCGAGAACAGGAUGUAUAUCCCCGGGAUGCUGAACGACGUCUCCAUGUUGUCAUACUGGCUGAACUACGGCAACAUCAGCUACGAUCACAUGGACGACAUCCUCGCCAACAAGCACACUUCACCUGCUAUCAAGAAGUCGAAAUACGCGGAAAGAAUUAGCCCGAAAUACUACAUGAAGGAGCACAUCAGGACAGAGAGUUUGAAGUCGCCAUCCAAACCCACAGAUUUCGGAAAUGAAAAACUAUUCUCGUCAAUUGAACGCACAGUACUUGAUCCCUACUUCGCGCCAUUGAUGGCCGAUGACGCCGAGUACAGAGAUCUACCUUCGACCUAUGUGUUAACCGCCGGAUAUGACGUACUGCGCGACGACGGGUUGAUGUAUGCGCAGCGAUUGAAGAAUGCAGGCGUGGAUGUACAUCUGGCCCACUAUAAAGAAGGCUUCCAUGGAAUGAUCUUCUUCUUUGACGGGCCGAUCCCCUUUGAAGUGGGCAAGCGAGCUCUGGCAGAUCUUGUGGCCUUCUUGAAGAAACGUUUAUGAACAUAAACUCUAGGCGCUGUGUGUACCUCUCCUGUACCCCCUCCAUGCAUAUUACAGUAUGGUCGAAUUACACAUGGCAUUAGUCCGUCUCCCAGACCAUAGA